AUGGACAGGCGUACACCUUAUACUUUGAGUGUUCUUGCUCCUAGCACUGAUGGCGCUGAAGAGUCUCGCACACAAAUCCAGGCUCGUUUGCGAGAGUUUGUGUUGGAGUUCCAGCUGGAUAAUGCUUUCAUCUACCGAGAUCAACUUCGACAGAAUGUCCUCGUCAAGCAGUACUACUGUGACAUAGAUAUCGCGCACUUGAUUUCGUACAAUGAGGAAUUGGCCCACAAGCUCACCACCGAACCUGCAGAUAUUAUCCCUCUUUUUGAAGGAGCUCUGCAGCAGUGUACUCAGCGAAUUGUGUACCCUUCUCAAAGAGAUAUCGUACUUCCGAGUCAUCAACUCCUCCUCCAUUCAUCUGCAUCCCACAUUUCGAUUCGUGACUUGAACGCGACAAACAUCUCCAACCUGGUUCGUAUCCCAGGAAUCGUAAUUGGCGCCUCCACAAUCUCUUCCAAGGCAACAACCGUCCACAUCCGCUGCAAGAAUUGUGAUCACAGCGAGAAUAUUCGGGUCGAAGGUGGAUUUUCGGGUCUCACGUUCCCCAGACGGUGUGGCCGUGAACACCAACCCGGUGAAGCCCCUAGCGAGCAAUGUCCCCUCGACCCCUAUGUUGUUGUUCACGAGAGAUGCCAGUUUGUGGACCAGCAGGUGCUUAAGCUUCAGGAGGCUCCUGACCAAGUUCCUGUGGGGGAGCUCCCUCGACAUGUUCUAAUUUCAGCCGAUCGAUAUCUCGCCAACCGAGUUGUCCCCGGCUCCCGAUGCACAGUUAUGGGGAUAUUUUCUAUCUAUCAAAAGGGAGGAAAGAAAGAUGGUGCUGUAGCGAUCCGUAACCCGUACCUCCGGGCGGUCGGUAUCACGACAGAUUUAGAUCACACCGCAAAGGGCAGCGCUAUCUUCUCAGAAGAAGAGGAGCAGGAAUUCCUCGAGCUGAGCCGUCGUCCUGACCUAUACGAUGCGCUCGCCAGAAGUAUUGCGCCGUCGAUUUAUGGAAAUCUCGACAUCAAAAAGUCUAUUGUAUGCUUGCUCAUGGGCGGGUCCAAAAAGAUUCUUCCCGACGGCAUGAAGCUUCGUGGGGAUAUCAAUGUUCUACUUCUUGGAGAUCCGGGUACCGCCAAGUCGCAGCUGCUCAAGUUUACGGAAAAGGUCGCCCCAAUCGCCAUCUACACGUCGGGUAAGGGAUCGUCUGCCGCUGGUCUUACUGCAUCGGUCCAGCGUGACGCAGCUACGCGGGAGUUUUACCUUGAAGGCGGUGCAAUGGUGCUCGCAGACGGCGGUGUUGUGUGUAUUGACGAGUUCGACAAAAUGAGAGACGAAGACCGAGUUGCCAUCCACGAAGCCAUGGAGCAGCAAACUAUCUCUAUUGCCAAAGCCGGUAUUACUACAAUCCUAAACUCCCGAACCUCUGUUUUGGCUGCUGCCAAUCCGGUCUUUGGUCGGUACGAUGACCUCAAGACUCCUGGUGAAAAUAUCGAUUUUCAGACCACCAUUUUGUCACGUUUCGAUAUGAUCUUCGUUGUUCGCGACGACCACGAGCGCAGCCGGGACGAGAACAUCGCGCGGCACGUGAUGGGAGUGCACAUGGGGGGAAGAGGUGUCGAGGAGCAGGUCGAGGCUGAGGUUCCCCUGGACAAGAUGAAGCGGUACAUCAGCUACUGCCGCAGCCGGUGCGCCCCUCGUCUGUCCCCCGAAGCAGCAGAGAAGCUGUCAUCGCAUUUCGUUUCCAUCCGAAAGCAAGUCCACCGUGCGGAACUCGACGCCAACGCGCGGUCCUCGAUUCCCAUCACAGUCCGUCAACUCGAGGCCAUUGUUCGUAUCACCGAGUCUCUGGCUAAGCUGAGCUUGUCGCCCAUUGCAACGGAGGCACAUGUCGAUGAAGCGAUCCGCAUCUUCCUUGCGUCUACCAUGGACGCCAUCACGCAGGGGGAGGGCCAGGGAAGCAAGGAGAUGAUGGAGGAAGUGUCGAAGAUUGAAGACGAAUUGAAGCGCCGACUUCCGAUCGGAUGGAGCACGAGUCUUGCGACAUUGCGGCGGGAAUUCGUCGACGGCCGAGGCUACACCGAGCAGGCUCUGAAUCGGGCUGUGAUCGUGCUGCAACGUAGGGGUACCAUUCAGAUCCGAUCUGGAGGAUCGCAAGUAUACCGACAGGGUGUAUAG